AUGACGCAAUACAAACUUCAUUGCAAGCAUGGGCAUUUUGCUCCCUUUAGGCCUCACUCUGACUUUGCGGGCUCGUGGACGGGAGUGGCACAGAUCUCUCCGGGACCCAUUCAUCCUGUUCCUCUUCAAUGGCAGGGUGCCUCCUAUCAAUCUGGUCGGAUCAUGCUCUCCAGUUUUGCCCUGCAUGAGCACACGCUCCUUGGAGCAAGUGUCUAUGCACCACCUGCUGGACCCACAUAUCGGAAUGCUAAACAGCUUUCUUCUCAGCUCCUAGAGCAGCUUACCGCAGAGCUUGUGCUCUCCUCUCACGGUCCACGUUUCAUUGCUGGUGACUUCAACUGUGAUACCGAGGACCUUCAGGUCUUCACUACAUGGAGACUGGCCGGUUGGGAAGAGAUCCAACACUUGGCAGAAAAGCGCUUCUCCCAGCCUCGGCUUCCCACUUCCAAGGGCAAGGCAAUUCGCGAUCAUCUAUGGCUUUCUCCAGAACUUCAACAAUGGCUCCUUGAGGUGCACGUGGACUCGGAGCACUUUGCUGACCAUGCCAUUCUCUAUGGCCGCUUUCGUCUUCCUGAAUCACGUUGGUGGCACCAGCACUGGCCUAUGCCAUCCAAUCUUCCUUGGCAGCAUCUUCGCCCUGAUCGACUACCAGAUUCUGCUGCCCAUCACUGGGACACCAUGAACAUGUCUCAGUCUUUCGUUCACUGGUCCAGAGCCACAGAACAGGCCCUUCGCACCACUGCCACUAUUGACUUACCGUCAGGUUGUUGGGGCAGAGGACAAACUCUUAACACCCGUGCGAGGCCGGUUCAGCUUGUACCGGUUCGACAAGGUCGACAUGGAGAUUUUCAACCCAAAAGCGGCUUUCUCUGCCGAGCAGUUCAUCUUUGGUGUCGACAGCUUCGGCGACUCCAGGCUUACUGUCAGCGAGCCACUGCUACCACUCACUGGCACCUUCAAGUUGACCAGAUGUCCACCUGGCGAGCCAUCAUUCAUGCUCAUGGAUUUCGCGAUGGAUUUCGACGGUGGUGGCUGCGUCGUCCCAUUCAGCACGUUGGGUCACCCCCUUCCUUUCCGGAGUGGCCGCCUUCGCAUGCCAUUGCGCAGAUCCUCCUUCACGACUUUGAGGCCAACUUCAGGCAAUUCGAAUCCUGGCACUUUCGUCGCAGGCAUGAUCUUGUCCAAGCUCGGCAUCUUCAUCACAAUCGAGUUCUCACCAAGCAGCUCAAGCAAGGAGACUACCUGCCCAUCACUCACCUUGUCAAGGAAGAGCAGGCCCAGAUCUUGCAAGUCAACAAUGAUCACUCAGUUCGUCUUUCAUGCCAUCUUCACCUGCAAGGGGAUCAGAGCAUUACGCUCAAUCUUGAGCCUGCUGAGCUCCAACAGCAGCAAGGUGACGACUACUACCUGAACAGUGACCUGCUCUCAGCUCCUGGGCAAACAGUCGUGGUUCGUACGCAGUGCAACACCUUCCAGGCCAUUGAAUCUGAGCUCGCCAACCUGUGGACACCCAUUUGGCAAAAGCAUUCUGGCCUGGCUCUUUCACACUGGAAUCGCAUUGUCGCUUUUGGGCUGCGUUACAUGCCAAAGCUGCCUCCAUUGGCAUUUCAAUGGACUUCCUCGCAGUUUGCGUAUUUGACCUCUCAUUAUCGCAAACGGAUUACACGUGGUCCUGAUGCCUGGUCUCGUGAUGACAUCGCCCACUUGCCUGCUCACAAGCAAGCUGAUUUGGUCAACAUGUUCCGCAAGACCCAGGAGGGCGCUGAUUGGCCGCAACAGCUUGUCACCGGCUUUGUCAUCCCCAUCCGGAAGACACCUAUAGCCGACCAGGCUAAGCACUUUCGCCCCAUCGUCCUCAUCUCCUUCCUGUACCGGCUUUGGGCGACAGGCAUUUGUAGGGCCUACCUUCCUUACCUCACCAAGAUCAUCCCAACCUUGGUGUUUGGUUACGUGCCAGGACGCAGAGCAGAGGACGUUUGGUUUCUUCUCCAGACACUCAUUCAGUCUUCUUACACCAUGCAGUCUGAGUUGCUGGGGUAUAAUGCUGACCUGGUCAAAUGCUUCAACACGCUGCCAAGAGCUCCCAUCCUCCUGCUCCUUCAGCUCAUGGGCUUCCCCACUGACUGUGCGAAAGCCUGGAAUCAAGCACUCACGCAGCUGCAGCGACGUUUCAGGAUCGCCAGCCAUACUGGAGAUGCUCUUCUCUCCAGUACCGGCUUCCCUGAAGGGGAUCCACUCAGUUGCAUUGCCAUGCUGGCCUUCAAUACGGCUUUGGACACGUAUCUCAAGAUCUAUAGCGCUGGAGUGGCUUGUCCGGUUUUCGUGGACAACAUUCAGCUCGUUGCAUCGGCACUAGGUGAGCUUUGUCAUGGCAUCAACGUCCUGCAGGUCUUCAUGGACUCCUGGGACAUUCGUCUUGAUCCUGGGAAGUGCUUUGCAUGGGCUACGACGCCUGACUCCAGACGUGCCCUACGCAACCUGGGCUAUGCCACCAAGCUGGCGGCGAAAGACCUUGGCGCUCAGAUGACCUACUCCCGAGUCUCUAGAACACAGGUGGCUCAAAGCAGAAUCGGCGCAGUGGCAGAUCAUUGGCGUAUCCUUCGCCAUUCUUCUGCGCCGCGGUGGGCCAAGCUUGUUGCUAUACGCACUAUCACCUGGCCCAAAGUGUUACAUGGUGUGGCAAAUCGUCUCUUACCAGUGGCCGCUAUUGAUCAACUUCGCUCUGCUGCCAUGCGAGCAUUACAUUGGGAUAGAGCUGGUGCCAGCCCUCAUGUUCGUUGGUCGCUCAUGCAGUUGCCUCAAAUGGAUCCAGAGUAUCAACAACUUUGGCAGGUUCUUUCCACCUUUUGGCGUAUGGUGCAUCAAUUUCCGUUGAUCUUGGAGCUAUGGUUACAGUCUGGUGAUAAUCCGGGGUUCCGAAGUCAAGGUCCUCUGCAUGUGGUUGUGCAGUGCCUUGGCUACCUGGACUGGCACCUUGAUGCUCAGCUAUGUCUGUGGAUUCAGCACUUGCGCAUCAACUUUUGGACGCUUUCUCUCGAAUGUCUCCAGCUUCUUUUACAGUAUAGCUGGCACCAGAAAGUAUGUCUUAAAGUACGUCAUCGGAAAGACUUUGCCGGCCUGCACUCCAUUCAUUGGGCUGCUUCUUUUCGCUCUUUGGUUUUCCCCCAAAGGGAUGCUGCUGAGCUUUUGGCCACGAUUCAGGAUGGCACCUUCUUCACGUCGCAUGCUAAAGCGCACUUUGAUGAUCAGCAUUCGGGCCUUUGUGCUUCUUGCCAACAACCUGACACAGUUGCCCAUAGAGCGCUACAUUGUCCUUACUAUCAUCAAGUGCGUAGACGAUACCCGGCGGAGGUCCGGCUGUGGUCGCAACGAUCAAUGGCCUUCACACACCAUGGACUCCAUCCAGCCAAUCCUCAUCAUUGGGAAUAUUGGCAAGCCCUGUUGAGCCUACCUGACUGUCGUGAAGAUUUCUUUGACCUCACGGUGAUGGCCGAGCACACCUUCAUCUUCACCGAUGGCAGUUGCUCUUCGCCGAAGAAGCCCAGUCAAGCUCUAGCGGCAUGGUCAGUCAUUACAUUGGAGCCACAGCGCACCUUGUCCCAAGGUCCAGUGCCGGGCCUGAUUCAAUCCAUUGAUUUGGCGGAGGCCAUGGCGGUUCAUUCUGCUUUUCUUUGGGUGCUGCGAACUGGUGCGCGGGCUACCAUUUUUUCUGACAGCCAAUAUGCUUUGGACAACUUUCGGCAUCUACAGAAACAUUUGGAUGUCCCUCCUCGUUGGAAACACCAGGGUCUCUGGCAGCAAGCUCUCAAAACGGUUGAACAGCUUGAUCAUGGGCAGGUGACACUUCAGAAGAUUUCCUCCCACAUGGAAGAGGAUCAAUGUGCUUCACCUCGAGCUGAUUGGUGCAAGAAAGGCAAUGAUUUUGCAGAUCGGUUGGCCAGAUGGCAGAACCAUUUGCGCUCAGAUGCCUUCAUGGCCACAUACAGUGCUUACUGCGCAGCUGAAGAGGUGGCAUUUACCGCAACCCGUGCACAGCUGUCCUUCCUCACAGAUCUGGCGAAUUUGAGUCUGUCGAGACCUACUGAGUGUAGCAUUCCUGAGGAGGCCUCCUUAGCUACCCUUGGAGCUGGCACUGAAGCUAAUGACGCUUCCCUUGCCGCUCAACUAGGCCCGGAGAUCUUGAGUCAUUCAAUUCGUUUAGGCAAGUUUUCAGAGUCGGUGGUUGGCAAUUUGGUUUCCUGGCUCAUUUGUGUUGACAUCUCUUCUUCUGUUAAGGUUUAUGUUUCUCUUCUCGAGCUUUUGGUGGGAUUUUGUCUUGAUGGCAACCAUUUGCCCCUUCCAGACCAUUUCGAAGAUGGGGUACUUUUGACCCAGAACGAAGUGCCCUGUGGUGGUCUUGUUAGGCAGACGUUGGCGACUCAGCUUUCGACUUUCUCGGAGUUGUUCAACCUUGUUUGUGGGCACUUCAAUCUCAGUCUGGACACCUGCCACAUGGCACGUCCGCACUUGCGAAUCUUCAAGAGGUUCCCUUGUGUUUUUAUGGGUUGGAGUGGUGACAUCUCCAGACGUGUUUCGGAUGAUCUUUUACGCUUUACUGCCUCUUGGCCGGUUCGCUACUCCCGGGACUUAGCGCGACCUCGAUGA